GCGGGAACAACAACACUAGCUACUGUACUGCGGUCUGUUUACUGUCUGUUUUUAGAAUUCUGAACCAGGGAAAACAGGAACUACCAAACUACGUCGAGGAGUAAAAGAAACGCAUCCUCGCGUUUACAGGUGAUCAUGGAGGAGAAUGAGGAACAGACAGACUCCUUUUUCAGGAAAGGAAACUUCGAUGGAGACAGCUUCAGGCUCCACAUGGUGACGUGGAACGUGGCCACAGUGGAUCCACCAAAUGACGUCACCUCUCUCCUCCAGCUGAAUGACCCCAAAGGCCCGGACCUCUACGUCAUCGGUCUGCAGGAGGUGUUCUCCGGGCCGCUGAGGUUCAUGUCGGACACAAUGUUCGACGACCCCUGGAGUCAACUGUUCAUGUCCACCUUGGCUCCACUAAAUUACGUUAAGGUGUCCUCUGUCAGGUUGCAGGGUCUGCUGCUGCUGUUCUUCUGCAAACUGGAGCACCUCCCCUUCAUCAGAGACAUCCAGGCCACUUACACACGCACAGGCAUUUACGGUUACUGGGGUAACAAAGGUGGAGUGUGUGUGCGUCUGUCUUUCUACGGCCACAUGCUUUGCUUCUUGAACUGCCACCUGGCGGCGCACAUGAACUACGCCUCGGAGAGGGUGGACGAGUUCGAGUACAUCAUGGACAAACUGGCCUUCGUCUCUGAGAAAGCUCCGAGAAUUGCUGACCACAAGCUGGUCUUCUGGUUUGGAGAUCUGAACUUCAGGAUUCAGGACCACGGCAUGCACUUUGUCCGCUCUUGCAUCAACGAGCGGACCUACAGCCUGCUGUGGAGCAAAGACCAGUUGACGAUGAUGAAGAAGAAGGAGCAGCUGCUGCAGGAGUUUGAGGAAGGGCCUCUGGACUUUCAACCCACCUAUAAGUUUGACAUAAACUCCAACAAUUAUGACAGCAGGCUCUACAGGACAUGGUUUGGCUUUAACGGUAAGAAGCGUAAGCCGGCCUGGACCGACAGGAUCCUGUGGCGACUCCGGCCCGGCAACCCCCCCACUGAGGAGGAAGAGGAAAACGGUGCACUGGAGGGGAAAGAGGAAGAGGAGGAGUUCCCGCUGAAGAUCAGGCAGGACUCGUACACCUGCAACAUGGAGUACAGCAUCAGCGACCACAAGCCCGUCACCGGGGUCUUCACUCUGGAGCUGAAGAAGAUGUUCGAUGCUCCUCUGGUGCGUCUGAAGGCCGAGGGCGAGUGGAGUGCAGACAUCGACGCCGUGGUUCUGUACCGCCCGAUGCAGCCGUUCCCCUCCAGCUCCUGGGACUGGAUCGGACUCUUUAAGGUGGGGUUCAGCAGCAUGAAGGACUACAUCACCUACACCUGGGUCAAAGACGACGAGAUGAACUCCGACGAAGAAGCCACACAGGUGUUUGUGAGUAAAGAGGAGAUCCCGGUGCGGGGGGGGGAGUGUGUGUUGUGUUACUACAGCAGUGUACUGGAGUGCAUCAUCGGAGUCAGUGAACCCUUCCAGGUCGUUGCGUCGAAGGUAGCGAUCGAGGAAGGCUACGCCCCGGAGAGGAUCAAAGGUCUGGAUAAGAUCGUAGAGGGCGAAACCUUCUACAACUGACCGUCAGCGUGGUAUGAUUCAGACCACAGCGAGCAUUUACAUCACUGUGAUUCCUUACUGGCAGACGGGCUGCCUAUUUAUGCUGUUACAUUUCCACUGACCUCUGACACUGUGGCUCCUCUGGGUCGUUCAACAAGUGUCUUACAACCCUGAGGCUAGGUUUGGAAACUCAGAUUUGAAUUGGUUAAACAGGAAGUGCUUUGAUUCUGAUUAAAUGUUUGGGUAAAGAGGAUCGGGAGGCAACAGAAGGUGAGGUACGCUAUAGGAUGUGUGCAGAUUAAGGAGGCUUUAACACAUGAAAGUGUCUGUAAAACUCACUUUUUUAGAACGAAAAGCUGGAAUAUUCUGAAUAUUUAAUUAGUCUGGAGCGUGCCGACACUCCACUUUCAUUGACUGCUGCUGUAAUGAGAAGAAAAAGGGAGCUGCGAAGUUAACCAAACUCAUUUUCACAUUGAUUCGUAAUCAUUUUGCAGCAAAAUCAACAAUUAAAUGUCCCACUUUUUACUGAGCGAAUAUGAAUUUGUAUCCUCAAAGCCAUUCCUUGGAAUAUAAAUGACUACCAGAGCCAGCACAGGAUAACCCUUUAUUAACAUAGAACAUAUUUAGCUGUGCUUCCCACAUGCUCGCUUCAGUUAAGCUUUAUCAAAUGCUGUCUCACAAUCCUGAGGAACGAAAGUGACUCCCACAUUAAGAGGCAUCAAUGAAAGGCACAUCAGUCAAUACAAACAACAAUAACGUCACUUAUCGACGGCGAAAGGUGAAUAUAUUACAGAAAAACUGUGUUCAGUAGUGCAAAUUGUUGUCUUCAGCAGCCGGGUGGAAAGUGUGGUUAUUUUAGUUUGUCUUCAGGAGAUAGUCCGAGCAAAGUUUUGCACUGUCCAAAUUAUUCUCUCAGAUUUCAAAAGUAGUUCAGAUUCAUUUCUAUUAAAUAUUGGAUAAAAGACACCUUUUAUCUACACAUUAAAAUGGACAUGUUUGUGAGAUAUUGGCUGUAGAAAUGUCUUAAAUUUGUCCUAAAAUAAACCAGAAAUAAACAGUCAUUUUAAUUUACAGAGGGGGAACUGAGGAGGGGAUCGUGUGACUUCUUCUUCAUUUCUAUUUUAGUAUUGUUUGUAUUGUUUGGCUAAAAAAAAACUCACUCUUAAUUUAGAAAUAUACAGAUAAUUAUUGGUCAAACAGGACUGAUAGUAAUCUGUGCACUGUAAAGAAAUCCUUGCUGUACGCUGAAUUUAUUAUUUUGAAGGUAUUCAAUUCAUUCAUAUCUGUUCAGUAAUAAGCUGCUGUAGGGAAAUAAGAGAAUCUUUAGCAGUGUUUUAUUUUCUUGUCACGUUAAUUUAAUAGGCUUCCGUUGACCCUGAAGGAAUUCCCGUAUAUAUAUAUAUAAAUUACAACUUUAUUUGGCUUAUUAUUCCCAGCUUGCUUACCCACCAGCAGGGUUUUGUCUCAACCAGGUAACGGAACCUCAAACCACAAUGCAGAUUCUCCCCGUAAAAUGUUAAAGUGAUGCCAGAAAACAAUCUCUCUGUUGGUCAGAAAGAGUUAAUGAGUCCAGAGAUAUGGAGAUGGGGUCAAAUAGUGGGUAGCGUGAGGCGCUAACGUCACUUCCGGACUAAAUUAAGCCCCGCCCACUUUCAGGUGUAACUCGAGCGAAGUGAAAAUAAUAGUGUCUUCACGUCUUAAAGCUGCUGAGUCAUAUUUUGCACCUCCAACAACAGAUAGAUCCAGAGCUCGGUUCUUUACUUCCUCUCCAGAAAAAAGGAGAGUAAAAGAAAGGAUCAGAAAUCUCAGUCUCAGUGUCAGCCUGCUGCCUGCCACUCGUCCCCGGCAGACCCACCGGACAUCCAUCCCCUAUUUAUUCUCCGUAAGCUGUCUCUGCCGUCUGACCAGACAUCUGACCCCAUCUCCAUAUCUCUGGACUCAGUAAACCCUUUCUGACCCACAGAGAGAGAUUGUUUCCUGGAAUCACUUUCACAUUUUACGGGGAGAAUCUGCAGGUCGCACGCGGACAGUAAAACCGGUUUAGACGAAACCGCUGGCGUGGUUGUUCUCGCGAGAUUUGAGAUAUCUUAUAUAAAGAUCAGCGCCACAGUUUUGCCCUCGUACUACACUUUCAUUCCUUUCUUUUAACACAGAUACAGAAUUGUUGUUUUUCAUGUAUAAUUAUGUAUAGCUUUUCACAUUGUUAUUAUAAGUGUGUUUGGAGAAAUGUCUACUAUGGAUUCAGUAAGUGCCUUUUGAAAUGCACUCAGAAAACAUUCCUCACAUUAUUUAUCAGAACAAGGCUUCUUCUUAUUCUCCGUAUGUCUGAACUUCCCCAUCACACAGAAGGCACCUUGAAUGUUAUGGUUAUUGGUUAGCUGGAAUCAAAUAUAUAUUAACCAGUUUUGUUUGACUUUGUACUAAAACGUGACCUUUUGAAAUAUCGUACUGUAAGAGAAUAGCAUUGUUAAAGCUUUCCAGAUGCACAUAUUAAAUACGUCUUUUAACUCCAA